CCCGCUAUCGGCCCCGCAACUUUCAGCCCUCUGCUCUUCUCCAACAUUUAGUUUGGAUGGUUUUAUCAGUGAAGAGAAAACACACAAAGUGGCAUCCAGACUGCUACAGAGGAGCCAAGGGGCAGGGCUGAGUCUCCACGGUUCUCAUGGUGUGUUUAAGUGCAGCCUCUUGCUCCGGAGUCUCCAACAGUCUCUCUCUCUCUCAGUCUCUCUGAUCGCUCUGUGUCGGAACAAACGAGGAAACAAUGGCAGAAGAAGUAGCUCCAGCUCCGGCCGCCGCGCCGGCAAAAGCCGCCAAAAAGAAGGUGACCAAGCCGAAGAAGGCCGGGCCCAGCGUCCGCGACCUGAUCCUUAAAGCUGUGUCCGCGUCCAAGGAGCGGAACGGCGUGUCCGCGGCCGCCCUGAAGAAGGCUCUGGCCGCCGGAGGCUACGAUGUGGACAAGAACAAGUCCCGCGUCAACACCGCCAUCAAAAGCCUGGUGGCGAAGGAGACUCUGGUCCAGACCAAAGGGACCGGGGCGUCCGGAUCCUUCAAGCUCAACAAGAAGGCGGCCGAAACUAAAGCCAAGAAGCCAGCGGCCAAGAAAGCGGCUCCGAAAGCCGCCAAGAAGCCCGCAGCCGCCAAGAAACCCGCCGCGGCCAAGAAGCCCAAGAAGGCCCCGGCAGCCAAGAAGGCAGCGGCCGCUAAGAAGUCCCCGAAGAAGGUGAAGAAGCCCGCAGCGGCGGCCAAGAAAGUAGCCAAGAGCCCCAAGAAGGCCGCCAAGAGCCCCAAGAAGGUGGUGAAGAAGGCCCCGGCUGCUGCCAAGAAAGCCCCCGCCAAGAAGGUCGCCAAACCCAAAGUGAAGAAAGCGGCACCCAAGAAGAAGUGAAGCUGUCAUCGCU